UACUGUUAGAUGUGCGAAAGAUAAUGAAGUCUGUACGUGAAAGACUAAAAAACAAUGUCAAGGCAAAGAUCAGCGCUUUCCUCGUGAAGAAACUUGAUGGUUUACAGACAGACAAGAAGGAGCUGGUCGGUGUCUUUGGUAAAACUGGGGCUGGAAAGAGCUCUUUGAUUAAUACCAUCAUUGGAGAGAAGGAUCUUCUGCCAACUGGAAGUAUCACUUCAUGUACCACGGUCAUGAUUAAAGUCGAGGCUAGCAUGCACAACUAUGAGGCAGAGAUCGAGUUCAUUAAAAAAGAGGAGUGGGAAAAUGAGGUGUCCUCCCAUCAGUGUCUGUGGGAUAAUACAGUUGGUGAUACUGUUGAAGAUGAUGAAGAUGAUGAUGACGACAGUAGUGACAUUGUUGAGAAGCUGACAGCGCUGUAUGGAAAAAAAUGGAAACACAAGUCCCCUGACAAACUCCUACAGGAGAAAUAUUUCAGUGAAAUUCCAGAAUUUCUCCAAUCUGAGAAGAAGAUUUUUACAUGUGGAUCAGCUAAAGAGCUAUCUGCAAAGUUGGUGAAAUACACAAGGACUGAUCCAGAGGAGGGAGAGGUUACAGAAGUAAGGAGGUUGUAUUGGCCACUUGUGAAGUGUGUGACUGUCAAGGUGCCACAUAAUAAGUUUCUCCAACAUGUGACGCUUGUGGACCUUCCUGGAAAUGGAGACUGUAACAAGAGCAGAGAUCAAAUGUGGAAAAAGAUCAUUAGGGAUUGCUCCACUGUGUGGAUUGUGACUGACAUUAAUCGAGCAGCAGCAGAAAAAGAACCCUGGGAGAUCCUGGAAAGUACCAGUAGCCUCAUGGGAAAUGGUGGAGAGUGUCAGAGGAUUCACUUCAUCUGCACCAAGUCUGAUAAUAUUGGAGAUUUGGAUGAUCAUUCAGCAGCUGAUGUCCAUGCUCGCAUAAUGAAAAGAAAUGAAACAGCCAAGAAACAAGUGGAGACUAAAUUCCAAAAGCAAAAGAAGCUCAAGAAACAUUUCAGUACCAGCUGCCUUGAAGUCUUCACAGUGAGCUCCAAAGAGUUCCUGAAAGGAAAAUAUCUAAAGCCAGAUGCAACGGAAAUACCCAAACUUCAAAAAUUCUUGAGAGGUCUCAAUGACCGUCGGUCAGAGACUUUGAACUAUGUGUCUGGAGCUUAUGGGAUUCUCUGUUGGAUUCAAGCAGCCCACCGUAAAGAAGGGGCCAGCAAAACAAAUGUGUGUGCGGACCUUCAACAAAUCAUGAAUCAUCAACUUGACGACGUUAGAAAAGAAAUUGAUGAAGUUAACAAGACUUUUGAAAAAUGCCUCACUGGGGGUGUUGAAAAAUCCAAACGUUUCUGUGAAGAUGAAUUGAAUUCUGUCUUACAUCUCAAAAAAGACGGCCGUGGUUUUCACAGGACACUGAAAUGUGUUGUUAAGAACGGUGGAGUCUACAGGACAAAAGAUGGGAAAUCAAUAAAUCUCAACAUGACGUUGUCUUUGUUCUUGACUGACAGCAUUGAUGAGGAAUACAAGAAGACCUUCCCAAAUAACAGAGAAUGUGAACCAUUCAAUGGGGUCAUCGGUAAGACUUUACUCGUCACAGACGAGAUGAUUCAGAAGUACAAAGAUGAGAAAAUGCUGCUGGAUUUUCUGAAGACCGAGGAAGAAAAGAUUAAAACAAACCUAAUAUCAAUAAUCCGAAACGAGAAGAAAGCCAUCUACAGCAGUCUGACAGAGACAAUUGAGAUGACUAUGAAAGACUGCUAUGAAAGAGCAGCUGGAUUUACAGGAAAGGGCACACUGAAAAAGAUGAGGGACACUGUUGGGAGACAUGUACAGGAUUCAAAGGACGUCAUGUUUGAUCGCGCUAAAAAUAUUAUGUUGUACCAACUGAAUCAGCUGAAGGAGAACAUCCUGGAGACAAUGGAGACAACCAUGAAGAAAGCCAUGAAAGUUUCACUCAAGUCAGAUGACUUCUCAUUCCCAGAUGUUUCAGCAGAGCUUGGAGAAGUGAUGAAAAGAUACAUUGACCUGAAGGACCGCAAGACGAUAAGUAGCUAAUCAGAUGUUUCAGAUUUAUUUUCUGCAUGGAGCAGAAGCCUGGUCACUGUCUGAACCUCCAAAAGGAUAGAUGACUAAUAAAGACAAGAGGCCUCUUGAUUUGGCCUGAUUCAUUUUUUGUCAGUUUAUUACCAGUGUUUUCUUUGAAUGCUGUUCUGAUGUGUGCUUUCAAUUUGUUUUUGAAUUUCAUGUGGAGGAAUUUUAGAUUUUUUUUUUAGGUUGUCUGUUGUGUAGAAAAAAGGCAGGGAUGAAAUACAGAAUGCUGAGGUUUUCAUCAUAGCACAAUGUUACUAUCAUGUCCCAGUUGUGUUUUCAUGUUAAGGAUUUAAGAUUUCACUAUAUGCACAUGCAUACACAUACAUGUUUGUAUGGCUAUCUUUGUGAGGGCACUCAUUAGCAUGAUGCAUUCCAUAGCCCUU